AUGACAUCGAUACGGAUGAUGCCGAAGCCAUUAGCUACCAACACUCUGGAGGAUCUCAUUAUUGACAAUACCACUGUUUCCACAAUAGCCUCCUCGCCCUCAACCACUGCUACCACUAUUGGAUACUCCGUCACUAAAUUAACAACCACAGUUUCCAGCUUCACCUCAACAAGUGAUGCUCAAAUACUAUGUUCUUCCGAUACUUACCAAAGGUUAAGCUCCAUGAGCAUAGACCCUCUGGGUAGUGCCAGCAUUGGAGUGAUGGCCACGAUUGAGCAUUAUGCAUUGAUCUCAGAGGGUAUUACCACCAUUCAGCCAGCUGAGAGUUAUGGGACUGCUACAAGGAGUGGAGUCACAAGCCCAACACAGCCUGCGUCCAAGGCAAGUCUCUCUAGCGGCCAAGGUGAGUGA